AUGAUUUCACUAGGCGCUUAUGAUAUGGUAGCUAUUUCCAUCAACUCUAUUGCAUCGGGUUAUCUAUGGUUGUCUGGCGCUAAUUACUGCACAGAUCCGACCACUAUAUAUGCGUUAGGAUGUCUUGGUGUAGGUUUCUGGUGCGGAGCAUGUCUGAAUUGUUUCGUUCUUGUAAUAAAUCGGUUACUUGAAGUAUCGAACAAGCAUUGGUUGCACAUGAUUUACGGAGGUAAUCGAACAUAUAUUGUUCUCCUUUUACCCUUUAUCUAUAGCGUAUACUUCUGUUUCUUUACACCUCCUGUCCUUUUCAACUCUGAUCAUAUGGCAUGGUUUUUCUUCACAUAUGCGCCCGGUUAUGACUCUAAUCAGUACUACAGCGUCCCACACACUAUCAACAAUUUGCUUGUUGUGAUGAUAACGUGCUUACUUUAUGUACCCUACUCUCGAGUUCUACUAUCGCUUUCAAAGUCCGCAACGCGGCUAUCAUGGGCCCAAAAAUCAGUUUUCCAGCAAUCGUUUACCUUGUUUUCAACAGAACUAUCCAAAGAGAAGCUCUAG